AUGGCUAAGCAAGCGGCUUUUCUUCGGCAACCCAUCAAGUGGGCGCCGCCUUGGUUACCCUUUUCCACUCUUUUUCUCUUUACCGCCUCGGCGCCACCUGCUUUAAGCCCCGCCGGUCUCCCCCCAUCAUCCAAGUCCACUCACUCACCAGCUCUCGGGGAGAAGAAAGCAAACCGAAGGCCAGAGCGAAGGGAGGCAAGCCAGCAGCCAUGGCCAUCCCAAUCGCCAACCUCUCGGCCGUCGUGGUGGGCGCGGUCGAGGCGGCCAGGGCCAUGGCCACCGAGAUGCUCCCGGCGGCCGUCACGAGGGACGCCGCCGUCGAGGCGGCCAGAGCCUCGGCCGCGUGGCUCGUGGCCCACCUCUGGGCCUGGCUCGCCGCGGCGCGGGCCGUCGCCGCCGACACCCUCCCGACCGGCGCCGCGGCGGCGGCGGCGGCGGCCAGGAGCGUCGCGGGCUCCGCGGCCGAAGCCUCGGGCCCGUGGGUGCACGAGGCGGCCAGGCUCCUGCGCGGCGCCUACGGCUGGCUGGCCGCCGCGGCCGUCGAGAAGCUCCCCGACGUCGCCGCCGAGAAGUUCGCGGGCGGCGCCGUGGAGUGGCUCGCGCGCGGCCGCGGCGCCGCGGCGGGGUACGCGGCGCUCGCGCUGGCGCUCGUGGCCGUCGCCUUCCUGGGCGGCGCCGUGUGCGCCCUCACCUGCCGGACCAUGAAGGCGCCCGGGCUCGGCGGCGCGCGCGUGCCCCGCGCCGUGUUCGAGGCCAGCCCCAAGAGCUACUACGCCGCCGUGCGGAGCGCGCGGAAGGCGCGCCGCGGCGCCGGCGGGGCCGGAUGCGGGAGGAUGCUUCUGGCUGGGCUUGUCGUCGCGCUACUGGCCUACUUGGCUGCGAAGGUGCUCCAGCUCCACUGAUGUGCACAGACUAGGUGGGCCAGAUCGUAGAAGCACUAAUAAUGCUACUACUAUCUACUACUGUUACUAGGAGAAACUUAUCUAUCUCUAUGGAGAAUGCCUUGCCUGCAAAUCAAACAUGCACAUGUUUUGUUGUAUCUGAAUUUUAAUUCUUUCGAUCAGAAUACUGUAUGUUCUAGUUGGUGCUCAGCGUCUUCUCUCAUUGCUUGAAAAACACAUGGAUUCAGUACGCCUAUACGGAGUACUAUGUACAGCAUCAUGUGUAUGUUCUGUCAACGACUUGCAUGUGUAAGUUUCUUUUUC